UGGCUUUGCUCGGGGUGGAAGUAAAAUGUCGCUUUUCCCCUCACUGUGCCGAAGCAGCUGCAUACAGUUGGCUGUUAACUCUGUAAAGACUGAGUGCUCGUGAAAGUGUCAAGGAUUACCUAGGAUGGGGCGCCGGGCUGGCUCAGUGGGUGGAGCAUGUGAUUCUUGACCUUGGGGUUGUGGGGUCCAGCCCCAUGUUGGCUGCUGCGAUUACUUAAAAAUAAAAUCCUAAAAAAAAAAUUGCCUAGGAAGGAUGAGGUAUAUGAACGUGGGCUGAAAGAAUUAAAUCAUGUAUUUUAUAUGACAAAGGGAGGUUAAUAAUCUCAUGAAUCUUUUACAAAUACCCAGUGCAAAUGAUAGACUCCAAGGGACAGGGCAGAAAUGACUAUUUUAUUUAUUUUAAUUUUUAUUUUGUUUUGAGAGAGACAAAGACAGCACAGUUCGGGGGAGGGGCAGGGAGACAGGGAGACAGAGAAUCUCAAGCAGGCUCCACCCUGCCAGCGCAGAGCCUGACUUGGGGCUCGAACUCUCGAAAUCGUGAGACCAUGACCUCGGCCGAAACAAGAGUCGGACACUUAACCCAAUGAGCCAUCCAGUGAUUUAAAGUGGAUCCCCAAAAGUGAUUUAAAAGCUAGUUUCAAUUUGCCUCACAUCAUGGAGGAAUCUUUUCCAGACAGGUGUGUAUACAUACAUUAUACAUCUAUAGACACACAUAUAUACAUGCACACAUGCUGUCAGUAAUUCAUAGGUUAUUCCUAAUUCCUAUACUUCCCCAGGCCAUCUGAGUAUGAAGUACAUGCACACACGUAUAUAUGUAUACUCCUGUACAUAUUCAAGGGGGUAAAAGCGUAGGACAAGGAGGACAGUGCUGAGUGAAAAAAGAAUUUUGUUUACAGAGGGGUUUCUAUUUUUUUUAAAUCAUAUUUAAUGAUAAAAUAGCAGAGCAAGAAGAAUUUAAAAAGUAGUUACGUGAAAGAAAAUGCCCAUGAACUGCCUUUUUGUUGCUUGGUUUUACUUUUUUUAAACAUGCAAGCAAGCUUUCAUCGUUAUGCAUGUUAGAAACUCUACUACAAGUAUCUGUAUCUUAGGGACAUUUUUUUCUUGGAAGGCAUUUCCAUACCUCGGGAUACCUCCGGGGAGAUAACUACCUGCUCUUAUGUCAUCACAAGAAUCACUAUCUGCCUUGUGAUUUGAUGCCUUUACAAAUCUGCCAUAAGUUGUGGGUUUAUUAUGUUAAAAAAUUGCCCCUGGUAUUUAAAAUUUUUUUUUAAUGUUUUUAUUUACUUUUUUGAGACACAGAGAGACAUAGCAUGAGCAGGGGAGGGGCAGAGAGAGAGGGAGACACAGAAUCUGAAGCAGGCUCCAGGCUCUGAGCUAUUAGCACAGAGCCUGACGCGGGGCUCGAAUUCAUGGAGUGUGAGAUCAUGACCUGAGCCGAAGUCAGACGCUCAACGAACUGAGCCACCCAGGCACCCCACCCCUGGUAUUUUUUAAAAUGUAGUCUUUCCACAACUAAAUGGCAAAACUGUACCUUGGCCUCAGUAAAGAAAAUAAAAUUUUAACUAGGAAGUUACUAAAGCAUAAUAUUUUAUGGGAUUUUGUGUCAAGUACCCCCGUCAUUAGUGCACAGUGUGUGCCAAAGGAUAAAGACAGAAUACUUAGUUAAAUCCAGGAGACUUCUAAUGACAAGGGAAAUAUUCAAGCUCGGAUAGCCCACGUAGGCCCUCAAAUAAUGAACUUUCUCAAGCACCCAUUUGAAGAAUCAAUGGUAUAUUUCUUUUCAGUCCCAACUUACAAACUUACUUUGAGAUACUUCAGAAUCGUUCCCUCUCCUAUGGAAGGCUUUGUUAGGAACAAGGGGGAAACUGUAAAAGAGAGGAAGAGUGUGGUGGAGACCAUUAGCGUCAUUCUGCACAUCUCUGUGGUUCUUCCUUCUCUAUGGCCCCCUUUGGCCCACUGCCAUCUUGGGCAGCAAGCAGACGAGAUAUUGCGUGGGUUAUAUCCAGGCAUGUAGAGGACUUAUGAUUGCCGCUGUCAGUCUGGGCUUUUUUGGUUCCAUAUUUGCCCUGUUUGGAAUGAAGUGUACCAAAGUCGGAGGCUCAGAUAAAGCCAAAGCUAAAAUUGCUUGUUUGGCUGGAAUUGUAUUCAUACUGUCAGGGUUGUGCUCAAUGACCGGUUGUUCCCUCUACGCAAACAAAAUCACAACGGAAUUCUUUGAUCCUCUCUAUGUUGAGCAGAAACCAGGAGCAUCUGCGGGCAGAGACCACAUCUUGCUGAUUUUGGAGUCUCUUGUGCCUAGUGCCUGCUCCAUGACAUUUACAGCAAGGAGGCUGGUCAGCAGUGUUAUAGGACUGUCUGUCUGCAUCUCUCCUGGAGUGGGAAGACUGAGCGUGUUUGUGGACAUCUGGGACCUACGGGCAUGUCAUGUGGACAUGAGGGCAGGAGGCAGCAUAAGCACAGUGUCAAAGAGCGAGGCCCUGGAUCCAGCACCUCCUGGCUGCCUGGGGGGAAAGCCCGGCUCUGCUGCUUAUUUGUUGUGUAACCUUGAAGAAGGUCCGUGUCUUUUCUGUGUCCUGCGUCCCUCCUCUGUGCUACGGAGGUGGCAAAUAAAUAUUCAGCUCUUUAGAAGCAUGCAUCACACGGUAGGCACUCAGUAAACGUUCACUGUUAUUUUUAAGGAUACUGGCCCUUAGCACCGUGCAUCAAUGUCGCAGUUCAUUACUUGAGGUCGUGUACUAAGGUGAGCCAUAGAGUAAUGAAUAUUGAAAUGUUGGAAGCCUGGUAGAAGUGAUAACUGUUGUUAAGACGCUUGGCUCUCAAAUAGAAGGCAGGUUUGAAAGGGACAAUUUAAAAGAAACAAGGCUUGAGUAAUUUCUUCUUUUCUUCUAAUCGCCUCAGUCGUAGCAUUGAGUUGGAGACGUGCAACCCCCAGGAACUGUCAAGUUCAUAGACAUUCUUGAGACCCUUCCCAAGAGAGCCAUCCUGCAUACAUCUGUCCCUGGUUUGAUUCUGAGACACUUUCAGGUAGCCCGUGGGGGAUUCUGAAUAAAAUGCGGGAUCUGCUUUUAAAUGACUCAGGCUUUUUUUGCUGCAAAUUCAUCCGUAUGUUUUUUCUCUGAACACAAGCAGAUGCGCACACUCACCUGCGCACGCACGGACUCAAAGCUCUGGCCAUGCCCUCAGGGGUCGCAAGGCAGCUUCGAAGUUCCAGGAAUUUCCUGUCUUGAAGCACAGCCCCCUCUGCAGUGUCUGCUUGUUCAGACUUCACAGCGUGUGUGCGAACACGUUAUCACGCCUGCUGCCUGCUUUGAGUAUAAGGACUCGGCACAUCAUUUUCACUUAAAACCAAAGAGGGCCCAGGAAACCCCCCAAUUCUCCAUAUGACUGGAGAUGGAGCUAAACAACAGAUUUGUUUUGGAAUUGGCCUAUGUGAUUUUGGGGGACAGGACAUAUUUCUUUUAAGUUGUAAUUUACCUUAGCUAAUAUUAUAUUGUUACACUGUGGAUUUUUUUUUUUUUAAUUUCCGUGAAUACUUGGCAGGAAUUAGGGCUUCUGUAAAGAUACUCCCUGUGCGUGCAGAUGGUUGGAGGGGGGUGGCGGCACAUAGGCUAAGAGGCAGGUUUCAGAGUUACACCCCGGCUCAGCUCCUGUCCCUGCCCUCGCUCUUUUGGGAUCUUAGGGGAGCUGCAGUUGUCUGUCUGGAUAAGAGAGGUAAUCCCUCCUGCUUCUCAGUGUGAAGAGGACAGAAGAAAAUAACGUAGCUACAGCACUCACCACAUCAGCAUGUUAUUAAUAUAGAACGUUUGUAGAAUUUUGUUGAUAAAUCACAGCACACAGAAAAGAAACGCAUGUAUGUCUGUUUUAAUCUAGCCACAAGAAAGCAAUUUAGAACUGACACCAAAAAGAUCAGUCUUUAUUUUGGGUUUCCUAAAUGUGAGAAUUCUGCGUGAAGUUUCCGUGUAGAAGUGGAUGCUUAUUAUUUAAACUCUACGUUAGCUGCCAUUUGGGAGGUACCUGUUAGUACUUUGUAAGUCUCCUGGAAGCUUCGGGUGAGAAAUCCUGUGGCAUCUUGUGGGCAGUGGGAGAGAAACCAUUAGCCGAUGGGAUUGUGUAAGGGAAAGCUAGACUGUGAGCAGGGUGGGGAGGUACACAGGCUGGGU